AUGCCGGUGAAGGUUGCGGUUUAUAAUCAGUUGUAUUUCUACCAUCAUGUUGGUACGUUGUGUUGUAUUAUUGUCGGUAUUGGUAAUAUUUUGCCAAGGUAUUGUGCCGGGGCCGAAUUAUAUCCCUACAGAGGUGAAAUAUGGCCAAAGCCUCAAUAUGAGAGGAAGGACAAAGCGGUUUAUUUAGUUGACAAGGAUAAAUUGGAAUUUAAGGUAACGAAACAGUCGUGUCAAAUUUUAACGGACGCUAUCCAGCGAGCCAAGAAGACCGUACAGAAAUUGUCAAAAAUCGCGAGGCGUAACUACGAUGGGCAGGGUGUUGAUCGGAGCUCGCCUACUUUGGAUACGGUCGAUGUGCAGUUGACUCGGCCUUGCGAGGCGUACCCUUACCAUGGGAUGGAUGAAAGUUACAAUCUCACGGUAUCGGACACGGCGAGUUUGACUGGACAUUCAAUAUGGGGCGUUCUCCACGGGCUCGAGAGCUUUCUACACCUGCUCUACCAAUCAGAUGACUACGAGACUCUCCUAAUUCAAGGUACGAAGAUCCGCGACUACCCUCGCCACCCGCACCGCGGGUUACUACUGGACACGUCUCGACACUACUUGCGAGUUAACAAACUCCUCACCACGCUAGAUGCUAUGGCGAUGAAUAAGCUCAACGUGUUCCAUUGGCACAUCGUUGAUGACCACUCGUUCCCAUAUCAGAGCGAGAAGUUUCCUGAGUUAAGCGAAAAAGGUGCGUAUCACCGGUCAAUGGUGUAUACGAAAGCCGACAUCAAGAAGAUCGUGGAAUAUGCCAGAGACCGGGGGAUCAGAGUCAUACCGGAGAUAGACGUCCCAGGCCACGUGCGCUCCUGGGGCGAGGCGUACCCGCAGCUCCUCACGCCAUGCUACACAGGCAAGAAGGUGACGUCCCUCGGGCCCCUGGACCCGACCAGCAACCACACGUACAAGUUCCUCGGCCAGCUGCUGGAGGAGGUCAGGGACUGGUUCCCGGACGAGUACCUGCAUUUGGGAGGUGAUGAGGUCGACCAUAAGUGCUGGAUAUCAAACCCUUCUCUCCUACGCUACAUGAUGCGUCACAACAUGACGUCCUGGACGAAACUCCACAGCCUGUUCAUCGAACGCGCCACGCCGCUAGUUGGGGACAGGAAGAUCAUCGUUUGGGAGGAGGUGUUUGACGAGAAAGUGCCCCUUUCAAAUGACACGGUGGUGCAAAUCUGGCUAAGUGCAUGGGUGCAAAAAGUUAAUGAGGUGCUGGAAGCUGGCAAGAAAGCCCUCUUUUCCUCAGAGUGGUACCUAUCUGUCCUCGGCUACGGUGGUGACUGGGAGAAGUUUUACAACUUCGACCCUCGGAUGAACGUCACAGACAGAACUCUGGUGCAUAACAUGAUCGGGGGAGAGGCUUGUAUGUGGGGGGAGUACGUAGACAGCACGAACUUCAUACAGAGGGUAUGGCCCCGAGCUUGCGGCAUCGCUGAGCGCCUCUGGUCCGAAGCGUCGCGGGACGAUAUUAAAGAUAAAGAACUUGAACAGCCAGAUUUAGAAGACUAUAGUCCGUACAACGUGGCAGAGACAAUGGAUCACGUGCGACGUCGUAUAGAGGAGCAGGCAUGCCGUAUGCUGCGUCGCGGCGUGCCGGCCGAGCCGCCCAAUGGGCCCGGGUUCUGUCUCGUGUGAUACUAGUUUUAUGAACGAAUAAAUAGUUUAAAUAUGA